AUGGCUUCCAGUCCGAGGAAUUACGAGCGAGAGGCUCAGGACGCAGUCUCUUCGCACUCUGCGACAGAGGCAGCGGCUCCCACACAGGAACAACAGCAGCAGCGAGCGGCAGUCAGCCGGCUGGGCAGCCAGCCAGGCAGGCAAGCAAGCAGGCAGGUGGGCCCCCAGAUGAGAGAGGAGCCUGAAUUGGCACCCAAGUGGGCGGAGCCACCGCCACCUGUUCCCGCCCCCCGGAAGUCAAGGGGCGGGACAGGAAGUAUAAAAGCCAGGCCCCAGCACUCAGUUGGAGCCCAGCGGCCGGAGAGGCCAGACGUGCCGGUGCGAGCUCUGGCUAGACCGAGCCUUCCCAGAGCCAGGUACCCCGACGCGGACGGACCGAGCCUCCCCAGAGCCAGAUACCCAGACGCCGGCCGACCGGACCUCCCCAGAGCCAGGUACCCCGAAGUGGAGUGGCCGAGCCUGCCCCGAGCACGGUACCUCGAGGGGGAGCCCGAGCGCCCCCCUGACCCGAGACCGGAGGAGCAGCCCGACCCAGACGACCCUCUGCGAGCUGAGGAACCCAUGGUGUGGGACCCCGCUGCCGAGCCCAGCGAUGAGCAGGUACCAAUGGAGGGGGAAAUGGAAAGUAGCCCGGGGGUAGCUGACCCCAGUCUGGCUACAACAGAGGAGCCAAUGUCGGUGUGUUGCGGUCAGGACCCCACCGACACAGCGGCAGACUGACUGCCGCUCUUAGGGCCCCGGGCUGGGACACAGUGGAGUGGGUGGGCCUGUGUCCCCCCUGCCACCCCACUUACGGGUGGCAGCCUCCCUCUCCAGCCAGCGUUCCGGCAUCGCAAGUGAACUAUUGUUUGUUGCCCCGCCCUGACUAAGGGCCUGGGGCGUCCUGAGCUUGUUAGUGCUCAGCUCCUGCGACCCGGAUCUG